AUGAACUUGGAAGCAAAGCUUACCAGUACACUAAACGAUGUUCUCCGAUCAUCAGGAUAUAUCUUCGAAAUCAUAAAUAACAACAAAAAACAGAGCAAUAUAGUCACAGGUCCCAAUAACCAACUAAUACCUUCACAGGUGACAAACCAGUUGGCACAAAGUAUUGCUCAGUUUGAUCAAAUAUUGGAUGAUACAGUGAGCAAAUUCAAUGACGCACGUUGGUGUAUCGAGCAGAUGGUGGACAGCAGACAGAAACAGGAGGAGAUGAAACACCAAGAAGAAAUCGAGAGGCAGCGAAGGGAAGAAGCCGAUCGCAAACGAAAGGAAGAGGAAGAAAGGAAAAGAAAACUCGAUGCGAGCAAGGAGGAAGAACGACUUGCGCUAGAAAAGUCUCGGAGAGAAGAAAAAGAGAGAUUGGAAAGAGAAGCCAAAGAGCGUGAAGAGAAAGAACGUGAAAAGAGGCAACUCAACCAGAACAGAGCAAAUGGACAGGAUGCUAUGGGGGCUCUUGGGAGCCAAGGCUUUGACUUUGAUAUGAACACGGAGGAUUUGGGGAUUCCUAAUCCUUCUGAUAUAUUAUCUUCGAUCAGCUACAAAGAGGGCAACAAGAAUAAACCGGACAAGAAGCCAAACGACGACGAUAUGGACAUGAACAUGAACAAUGUUAUAGGAAACAACGAGUCGCUUCUUGACGACUUGAAUAUGGACUUGUUGGGCCAGGAUUUCGACCCUUCUCUUGGCGGAGACGAGGAGUUUGAUGUUGACACAUUCUUAAAUCAAUUUGGCGGGGACUAG